AAACGCUCCCAUUCAGGAUGGAGCUUUAUUACGCAGAAAUGCCUAAAUGAUCGGCCUGACAUUAAAAUGAACGAUCAUAAAUAAUAACGCGAGAGUUUGCAAGUUGCCCGCUAACUGUAGUCACAACUGUCAAAGGCAGCGGUGGAUACGCGCGUGACCCAGCACUCAUACUGUUACUGUACACGGCUGCGAGGAUAUUACUCGUAUCAAAAAAAAAUACACGGCAUAAUCCCGAGGUAAGGACGGGAAUCGCGGGGCUGCGCCGAAACUGCGCGACGCUGCUGUGCCUUCCCAUCGCGUUCACUUCUUUCGCCCGCGUGGAUGUCGAAGAUUACUGCACUAAACACAUCCCCGUGGCUCCUUUAGCAACAGCGCGAGGAUUUUUUUUACUCCUCCUUCGUAUUAAAGUCGCCAUUUUGCUUCACUGCCUAUGAAAGCUUCUUGUAUUUUCAUAUUUUGUGCGGCGUGUCAGCGUAUUUGUGCGCGUGCUUUUCGAGUUGGAUUUUAACGAGGGGUUAAAGUGAGAGCUGGUGGAUUACAAAUUAAUGAAGAGGGGCAGCGAGUGGAGUCGGCAAACAAGGUGAAAGUGUUGUGCAUUCGCAUCAGCUUUCUCUUCCUCGGCUUUUUUCUCUUCCUCCUCCUCCUUCAUCAUCAUCAUCUUCCUCCGCCGACACGCGCAGCGGGCACCGCGAGUGCUGACCGUGACGCCCAUCUGUCCGCGCGAACGCCACCGACCACAAGCGCGUCAGGUGUGUUUGUCAUGUAAAGUCAAGGGGUGCGACGCGAGAGUAAAGGCUACAGCCUGACCCCACGUGGGUGACCCCUCUCACCCGCUCACCCGUCAGUGUUGGGUGGAUCGGGCAUUCCAGGCAUGGACACCUUCAGCGGUGCCCGGGUGGUGAAAGCGUCGUCGGGCAUGUCCAAGGGGCGUACUGCCAAACAAACCCACCCUCCUGAGAUGGCUCGAAUGGGAGGCACAGAAAACGACAAUCACGGUUCCUCCUGUAAUGAGAAGUCAGAGGCCAAGAAGAAAGGGCGCCCCCGUGUGGAGGCGCAGGAACUGCGCAAUAUACCUGCUCAUAUGAUGGUUCAGUGGAAAGAGGAGUUUAAAAGUCGUUCCAGGGUAAAAUGUCCGAGCACAGGCUGCUGGCUGGAGUUCCCCAGUAUUUAUGGACUUAAAUAUCAUUAUCAGAGAUGCCAAGGGGCGACCAUAGCAGAGAAGCUGAGUCACGGAUGCCCGUACUGUGAGGCUGUGUUUGCCACUAAAGUGCGUCUUCAAAAGCACAAACUGUGGAACCACCCAGAAAGGGUCACCACGGAGACCAAACCCGAUCUAAAGUCUGAACCCAAACAGCAGAAAAGCCCUAUGAAGGGAAAUGCCAAAAAAAGGCCCACAGAGAACAGCCCUCCGUCGCCUGUAUUUUUCAAGGUGAAGAAGACCAAGGAGAUAUCUCAGCACUCACAGAAUGGGGAGUGCGCCCCCCAAAGGUCAGAGAGGGGACAGAUUCAGGGGACAUCUGUAGACACUGGGGACAGUGACAGCGAGGAAGAUAGUCUACCUCCACCCUUUCCAGAGGAGGAUCCAGAAAGAAUGAAGCACAGGAGGAAGCAGAAAACUCCAAAAAAGUUCACCGGGGAGCAGCCAUCUAUUUCAGGAACAUUCGGCUUAAAAGGCAUGAAUAAAGUUGAGGAGAAGUUAAAAGCAGGCCGGAUGAAGAGGGCGGAGGGAGCUUUGUUCGCAGAAGAGUCCCAAAGGAAGCAGUCCGUUCCAGCAGCUACCAGAAAAGAAACUGCUGCUAUCAGUUCAGUGCCCCCUGCUGAAGCCCAAUGGCAGAACACUAUUUCUGAAAGAGGAGAGGUGGUUUGUCCAACCUGCUCUGUCGUUACUCGCAAGACCGUCCCAGGCCUUAAGAAGCACAUGGAGAUCUGUCAAAAGCUGCGUGAUGCUCUCAAAUGUCAGCAGUGCCAGAAACAGUUCAGAUCCAAAGCUGGACUCAAUUACCACUGCAUGACUGACCACAAUAAGCCCUCUGGAAGUGAAAAUGUGGCUGGGGAGGAGCAAGAUGAGAGAGAGAGAUUACGGCACGUUCUCAAACAGAUGGGCCGAAUCAAGUGCUCCAAUGAGGGCUGUUCGGCUUAUUUCUCCAGUCUGAUGGGUUAUCAGUAUCAUCAGAAACGCUGCGGCAGGGAUUUGCCUGAAUCUGAGAGGCCUGUUUUCAUGUGCCAACACUGUGGUAAGGCCUAUCGCUCCAAAGCUGGCCGUGACUACCACCAGCGUUCUGAACACCCCGUAACCGCCCAACCCACAGAGACGCUCACUGCUGAUGAGUGGAAACAGGAUGAGGGCAAAGAGGAAGAGGAGUUGCAGGAGGAAGAUGAAUCGAGGGGAGAAAUCGUGAUGGAGCGAGAGGAGGAGCAAGUGGAGAAGAUGGAAGAGAGGAAAGAAGAGAAAAUUGAGAUGGAGGAGCUGCUGGAUUUAGACAGGACGCCAAGCGGCAGGGUGCGACGGCGCUCAGCUCAGGUGGCCGUGUUUCACUUGCAGGAGAUCGCAGAGGAUGAGUUGGCCAAAGAUUGGGGAACCAAACGGCGCAUCAAGGACGACCUCGUACCGGAUAUUAAAAGGCUUAACUACACACGACCAGGCCUCCCCAGCUUCAACCCCCAAACUGUGGAGAGCUGGAAGAAUGAAGUGAAGGAUAAAGGGUUUAUCUGCUGUCCCAAUGAUAACUGUGAGGCUAUCUAUUCAAGUGUAUCUGGUCUUAAAGCGCAUUUGGCAAACUGCAACAAGGGAGGGGGCGACGUAGGAAAGUACACGUGUUUGCUCUGUCAAAAGGAGUUUAGCUCAGAAAGUGGCGUAAAAUACCAUAUCAGCAAGACACAUUCUCAGAACUGGUUUCGGGCGUCCACGAACGAUAUGACUAACAACAAAAGAAAAGAGCCAGAUAGCAAUGGCUUACAGGGAGACGGAUUGCCUGGAAAGAAAAGGGGGCGAAAGCCCAAAGACCACCCACCAGAGAUGACCUCCAUCCCAGCAGAGACUCAGAGCUUCACUCCAGCUUCACCUCCAAUUCCACCCCAGACCGUAACUACAUCCUUAGAAACCCCAAAUCCUGCGCCAAUCACCAACACUCCGAUUGUAUCUCCCAUCCCAACAGAAAGUGGGAGUCCUGCCCAACCCAGAGACGCACAGCCCCCCAUAAAGAAACGGGGCAAACCUAAAAAAGUACAGACCGCUGAGUAAAACAGCGUUUACUACUUUAGCACCAGAUGGGAAGCUUUUGAACUACACCAGUUAAGGAAUGAAGGAGAACACAGAAAGAACAAAGAAAUAAGAAACAGCAAAAUGGGGGGUUAUGAUAAACAGCAGAAAAUGUUUUGAUUUCACACUGAUCUUUGUGUUUUGUUUUUUUAAGCGAGUAUAUACAUUUUGUGUGUGUGUUUAUGUAUACUGGUAUAUAUUACUCCUGUUGUUUUUCAUUCCAUUUUUAGAGUUAAUUUUAAUAAGCUGUUUACUCAACAGGGUAAAGAGGGGUUCCCGGUUGAUAUACAGCAUACAGUAUAUACAUCUAGGCCUUUAUGGAAGCUUUUUAGGAACACAUUACAGGAUUUUUGGAGUAGCUCCGUCAACAUAUCCGGUGUUAAUGAUGUGUUUAAUGCGAUUUCUUUCAAGAAGUUCAAACUCAUUCGAUUAGCAUGGUGAGCUAAUUUACUGCUAAUGUUUUAUCACACGUAUACUCUGCUGUGUAUAUAUAUCUAUAUCUAUAUAUGACUAUAUUCAAAGCAAUUCAUUUUCGUCCAUAGUUUUUAAACAAGGUGGGUCAAAACUAGUUCGGUCUUUAGUGGUCACGGUUUGAUUUGCUUUUCCUCGGAUGUAUUUGGGUUUCUCUUGUAAGUGGCAGCUGAAUGAACGCUUGGAUUGGGGUUGACGGCUGUUGUAACAGUGUGCUACUGUGCAAUAGUGUUGCUUUUGUAGUUUUGUCCUGUUUCUUGCUCGAAAUCGUGAGAGGUCUGAGCACGUAGCCUUGUGUAACCUCUUUCUUGCAUAGCGUUUGCAGGGCUGUUUGCAGUAGUUGUAGUUUGCCACAGUUGGUUGGAGAUCAUUGUGAAAACCUUUAACUGCUUGGAAAUUGGGUAGUACUUCAUUUUGUCAGAUUUUUUUGUUAGAAAGUACAAUGAAGGGGUUGCGGUCCCUGUUGAAAAGACCAGGCUAGACCAGCGUGAAUUUCCAUGUUAAUGCUGUUUGUUAGUGCUCGUUUGAUUCUAGUCAAACUGGUGGACAAGCCAACAACAAAUGUUAGUCAACUAGCAUUUUUAUGAUUAAGGGGAAGCUUGUUGGUUAAACUAGUUAGUUGGGAAAGCCUAGUGUGGACACCAGCAUCCAAAACACAAAGUUUGGAUGUCGGCCACAAUGUCUGUCUUUUAAACAGGGGUGAAGGAAUACACAACGCAGAAGUUUUAAGAGAUUUAUUACAUAGCAACAACGUUUGUGGCGGCAGAUCUUGCCUUAAACAGUAACUGAAUUAUGAUGUGUUGGUAGGAAAUGAAACUCCUCCAAAGCACAGGAAUGCCCUUUGACAUCUGUGAUGUCAUCAGUGCCCACUUCAGCUAAAUUUAGUAUGCUCUACAGAACGUUUCAACUAGCUUUUUUUGGUUAAAGGAAUAGUUUAACCUAAAAUGAAAAUUACUUACUAUGAAAGUGAAUUGUGAUGAUGCUCUAAAGAUGACAAAAUGGCACAAUAAAAGUAAUUUCUAAAAGUUUUUAAGAAUCCAAAAUUUAAAGGCAAAGUGUAAUCAGAUCUUAUUAUUUACUACUUUUUUGUAGUGCCACAGCACACGUCUCCAUUCACUUUCACUGGAUGUAAAAGAGCAGUGUAAACUAUAUUCUGAAUUUCUAAGAUUUUUCAUUUUGAAACCUUUAAAUUGUUAAUAGGUCUAGGCUGCUCAGUGGAAUACAAGCAAUGUGUGUCGAAUGCACUUGAGACCUCGAUGACUGUAUGCAAUUGUGAGAGAGUUUUGCCAGGGUGGAGGUCAUGUAUAUGUAAAGCAUUUGAAGAGCACAAUCAGAUUGGUCACUGCAGGCUUUAAUUGAACGUUUCCAUCAGAGCCGUGAUUGAGGAUCAGAGAGCGUCUGAUAAAGAACGAAUGAAUGAACCUGCACAUACUGAAUCCCAACUUUCUGAUUAAGGCCUGUUUGAGUAAAAGCGUAUCUUGCACUUUAACCCCUCCUUCCCCCUCCCUCCUUAUCUUGCACUUUGCAGGCACUGUUAGGCUUCCAUUCUCCCGACCUUAUAACAAGUCUUGGCUCUGGGCUCUGUUUGAGAUCAGUUUCCCCCACAUGAGAGUUCACGAAACUGAUCAUAACUCAGAACCGUCUGCUAUGUGAUCCAAACACAGGGCUUACAAAUGGUGAUAUGUGCAAGGGAAGUUUGUCCUCUAUUGCUCAAUUAAGAAAGCAAACCUAUUUCAAACGUGAAAUCAAAAUGACCUUUAAGCCAUAAUGGUCACCUCAAAGGUGACUGAUGGAAGCAGUGUAUCUUUUUAUUAUUCCUCAGUUUGUAUAAAAUAUUAUAAAGAAAACACUAUAAUUUGCAACAGAAAUAAUUUAUCUAUUCCAAAACCCUAACAAUUCUGAGGUACUUGAAAUCGUGAAAAUUGCCAUAAAAUUAUAAGAUUGAAAAAUAUAAAGCAUAAAUUAUUAAAAGUAUAUUUAUCUAAUGAGAAAGAAGAAUAAGCUCAAGGUUGCAUACAUGCAUUUAUUUUAUACCAAUAUUUGUAAAUGCGAUCUUAAUAACAUUUUUAUGUUGCUUAAAGGGAUAGUUCAGCCAUAAAUGAAAAUGCACGAUGAUUUAGUCACCCUCAAGCCAUUCUGUAUUUGAUGUAUUUGAUUAUCUUUUGUCAGAAGAACACAAUCGGAGUUAUAUUAGAAAAUGUCCUUGCUGUUCCAAGCUGUAUAAUAGUAGUAAAUGGUGCUUCUGAUUUGAAUCCCAAAAACAUCCAUCCAUCUUACACAGAAGUAAUCCACAUGGCUCCAAGGGGUUAAUAAAAGGAGGCAGUUGAUGUGAUUUUGUAAAAAAACAUUUAAAUUUUUAAAAAACUUUACAAACUUAAAAAACUAGCUUCCGGUAACGACAGGCGCACGUUCACAAGAGAGUGUGUUUUCAGCGUAGGAAGUAGCGUAUGUACCGAACAUGUAGUUUCAUGUGCUCACGUGAAACUUUCGCGUGCUCACGUGAAACUUUUGCGUGCUGGCGUGAAAGUUUCACGUGCGCGCACGCGAAAGUUUCACGUGUGCACAUGAAACUAAACACGAUAGUUUCACGUGUGUACGCGAUGUCCCCUUAGGGGCUUCGUACGUAUGAGACGAGAGAGACGAGAUGCUACUUCUUAUGUCAUACGCCGGAAACGCAAUCUCUCGUGAAUGUGCGUUGGCCGUUACACUGUAAAAAAUGAUUCAUUCAAUUUACUCAAAUUUUUUAAGGUAAGUGGUUGCAAUCAAUUUAUUUAAGCUACAUUUAAACAAAAGUUUUAUUACUUUAU